AUGCGCCUCAAGAAGCUUGCCGAUGAGCUCUGCGAUCUCGGGGAGACGGUUGGCGACGAGCUCCUCAUCAGCACCCUCACCGUCGGCCUCAAUGAGGAUUUGGGGAACGCCGCCUCCAACCUCACCCUCAUCCCGGAGCCUACCUUCGCUAAGGUGGUGGCGUACCUCAAGCUGGAGGAGCGCCGGAUGCGGAUGGCGCGGACUCGCAUGACCCACACCGCCCUUGUUGCCGGCACCCGCGGGGGCCAAGCCCCGCCACCGCCGUGCCUCGCCCCGGCCCAGCAGCCGGCGCCCUUCCCACCCGCCCCGGUCGCCCCCUUCCCUCCGCCCCAGCCGAUCGCCAAUGGAGGGGAGGGGGGCGUCGCGGCGGCCGCAAGCAGCAGGGGGGCGCGAGCGCUCAGGGAGGAGCAGCCCGCCCGCCCCAGCAGCCCUGCCAGCCGGCCCCGUGGUACGCCGGCCAGAACUCGUGGACCGGCGUUGUGCAUGCCUACUCCAUGCCGGUUCCACGUGCCCCUGCCCCGGGUAUUCUCGGCGCCCGGCCACCGUUUCACCAGGCAUUCUGCCGCGCCACAGCCCUAUGCGGCGCCCUACGGGCCCCUCCCCUACGACCAGUAG